UUUAGUACUACAAAUAAUACAAGAGUAAUAUCAUAAAUAUUCAAUCAUUCAUUUAAUUUUAUUUCGUAUGGGCUGAAGAUGAUUAACUCAUUGGGUGAAAUUAAUGAAAAUAUUAAAAUUGAUAUAUACAAGCCAGAAAGCUGGCAUGAAAUAUUAAGACUUCAACAUAUGUAUUCUCAAUAUAUUAUAAAUUAUCUUGAGUAUGCUCUUGAAAAUCAAUUAGAAAAAAAAUUAUGGAAAUUACUUUUUGAAAAAUAUAUUGAAAUGUUUUUUGAAGAAAUGGUAGAAUGCAAAAAAACACAGCAAGUUUUAAUUAGUAAUUUAAACCUCUUUUUGGAUAUGAGUUUUGGAUUUUUUAACUUGAUGUUACAUCAAGUAUUCAUGAAUUAUAAUGUAGAAUUUCCUUUACUGAGGAAUAAUAAUUCAUAUGGAUUGUUAUCUACAAAUUUAAUUUCUGAAGAAAUCAAAAAUAAUAUCAAUAAACCUUCCAAGGAUACAAUUAUACAUAUGACACAAUCCUGUAUCCAAUGUUUGGCAGAUAUAACUUAUUAUAAAGGGCAUUUUGAGCAUGCCUCAUUUUUAUUUUUAAAUUCCUAUAUAGUUAAUCCUAAAAAUGGAUAUCCAUUUUUUCGAGUUGCCUUGAUUAAUCCUAAAAUUGAAGAUCUUUGCACUAGAAGCUUAUAUUAUUUUAUAAGAGCCUUAGGAAGUGAAAUACCUUAUGUAGAAGCAGAGUUUUAUGUUAAUAAUAAAUUCGAAGAAUUAUUGAAGGAUCAUGAUACACUAACACUAAAAAAUGACUCAAUUACCCCAUUUAAAGAUUUUUUGGAAAUAUAUCUUGCCACAAUUGGCUUGGCAGUUUUAUUGAAAAGUGAUUCUUCUCAACAUCUUAUUAGUAAUAAUAUGAAGUCAUAUGGAAAAUACUUAUGUCAUUAUAUAAAGAAUGGCCUCUUAACAAAAUCACAAUUAAUGAUGCUUUAUGCAAUUAUGAUUUAUUUUCAUGAUAAUAUUUUGAAGGAUAAGGAUAUUGGAAAGGUUGUAGCCUCGGACAGCUUCUCUAUUCACUCUAUAUUAUUCAAUUUUAUUGAGAAUCUGUGCAAAGUCAUGGUUAAUAGUAGUGGCAAUAUGGUACAUUCUCCAAUAACACCUUUGAUCCAUGUAUUUUUGAAAUGGUUGAACAAAUCCAAUAAUCGAAAAAUAUUUGUUAAUCUGAAAACAUUUAGGCAAGAUGAAUACAAUUUUUGGCGCCUAUUAAAAAUUACCAAAACUAACCUGAAAAAAUAUAUCAAACGGAUAUGGCCUAACAUUCAGAGGGAAUAUAAAAGAUUGGGAUUUUCUUCCGAACUUUUUGACCAAAUUUGUAAUAGCGGCAUGUUGCCCGAAGACUACUCCUUUUGGGGGUUCGUUCCUUUGAGAAGUGAUGAUCAUGAAAUGGCUUCUAAAAUUGAAUAUUGGAAUCUUAAACCAGUACACAGGCAGUUUCAAAGCUAUGUUAGGAGCCUUCGAAUGAUACAUCUUUUAGAUAGCGCCUUUAAAUUUUGUCUUAUAGAAGAUAUUGAUACAACAAUAGUUGAGUUAGACGAAUUUCCAAUAACCUUUCACCUUCCUACAGUGCCCAUUAGAAACAAGAUUGAAAACUUGGUACAUAAGCUCGCACUUAAAAAAAGCCUCUACUUUGACAACGCUCUUUCUUACCAAAUAAUCAAUCAGGCUAGUAAUCCAAUCAACGAAAAUAUUCUUACAAAAGAGGGGGAAGUACCUCAACAAAAUUUGGUAUACAAUCACGGGAAGUGCUUUGAUGCGAGUAACUUAAUCCCGAAUAAUGCGUCGAAUUCUUCCGACUAUCUUUUAAAUAAAGGGAACUCUAUCGACUCUAUGAAAUACGAAGACCUACCCUGCUCUAACCUAAACAACAUGUUUAAGGAUAUUCUGCUUUCUGAUCACCUGGCACCUAACGGCGCCAUUUUUAACGAAAACGAUAUUGUCAGCAAACCCAGCGAGCAGCUUUACACUGAUUUUAAUUCCCAAAAUUUACCGGAUAAUGGAUCUAAGAAUAUUUGGGAUAUGUGUUUUGAUUUAGAUAUAAAUAAUACCAAACUUAAUGCUGAAUUGGAUUCUAAAUGGAAAUUGGAUUUUGACCUACCAAAAAGCUAUCCUUCUUUUCUUGAUCUAUCUAUGGAUAAAAGCAUGAAAAUAAAUGGGAAUUUGGAAAUGUUUAAAGAUUUGGAUGAUCUCGACGUUGUUGUAAAUUCAAAUGGCUAUGAUAAAAAUUUUUCGACCUACCUAGACGAUGAAGCAAAAUAAAUCUACAAAAAUAAUAGUUAGUUGUCAUCCUGAGGAUAGAUUAACUUGGUGAUGGUUAUACAUACGACUUUGUGGAGAAAAAGACAAAAUUAAACUCUUAUUUAAAAAAAUUAAAAAAAAACAUUAUUUCAACUUUGUGGCUUUUCAUAAUCAAUCAUCAAGACGGAUUGUUAGCUCGAGGCUAUCGGAUUGGGCUCCGACAUAUAUUGGUUUUCCCAAAACUUUUUUGCAGUGAAACGAAGUUUUACUUUGAAGAGCAUAUUUUGCUUAACUUUUAAAAAAUAGUUUUAUUUACUUCCUUAUAUUUUAUGGAAAGAAGAAGAAAAGGUUAUGAGGAUAAAGCUAUUUAAUUUAUAUUUUUUGGGUAUUUUAAAAUUUAUUAUUCUUUAUAAUCAGAUACUUCAUUUAUAUAUAUUUUAUUUAGUGUAUUAUGUUACAUCUAUAAAUCUGA